GAGGGGAAAUGUUGUAUGGUACUGAGCUGCUGAUCCAAGGUUGAAUCAUUCCUCAUUUGGAAAUUAGCCAGUUGAAGCCACAAAGGAAAUUUGGUUAUUGUCAUAACCAUGUCUCCGCCCAACAUAAUUGAGGUUGCUAGUCUAAUAAAAAUGUAUAUAGACUACCGUUUAAAGGAGCAGUCUCCUUUGAAAGUAAUUUUGAUAUCAGCUGGAGCAGCAUAUUCCAUUGCUCGACUACAGAACUUUCUGACGGAUCCAGAAUUGUCUGUGACGGAAAGGACAAAGAGAUAUAUCUUCUCAUGGAUUCGUAUGGUACCUUAUGUGAAAAAAAAAGUAGAAGAGGAAAGACUUAAGGCUAGACAUAUGAUGGAAGAAGACAUGAAUAAAUGCACCAAAUCCCUUAGUGUCUAUUAUCAAUUGCCUAGUAAGGGAAGAUCAGUUGAAGAGAUUACUAAAGAAGCUAGUGAAUAUCUAGAGCUAGGAGAAUGUGACUGGAAAGCUGGGGGACUUUCAGGGUGUGUUUACAAUGUUGAUCCAGAAGUUACUACUCUUGUUACGCAAGUUUAUGGAAUGUCUGCUUGGACUAAUCCGCUCCAUCCAGAAGUAUUCCCUGGAAUUCGAAAAAUGGAAGCUGAAAUCGUCCAAAUGGCUAUCCACAUGUUUAACGGAGGGAACGAUACCUGCGGCACUAUGACUUCUGGUGGUUCUGAAUCGCUCUUACUGGCAGUAAAAGCAUAUCGAGACUAUGCGCGAAAUGUAAAAGGCAUAAGAAAUCCUGAAAUCCUUAUUCCUGCAACUGGCCAUGCGGCUUUUGAUAAAGCUUCUCAACUUUAUAGGAUGCGCCUUGUUCGAGUACCGAUUGAUCCAAAAACCCAGAAGGCAGACAUUAAAGCGAUGGAAAAAGCCAUAAAUAAAAAUACUUGCUUGCUUUUGGCAUCAGCACCUGGUUUUCCUCAUGGAGUGAUUGACCCCGUCGAAGAGAUUGCCCAGCUCGGUCUUAAAUAUGACAUCCCUGUGCACGUUGAUGCCUGUUUGGGAGGGUUCGUAAUCGCGUUUAUGGAAGAAGCUGGCUACCGCUUGCCACCGUUUGACUUCAGAGUAAAAGGAGUCACCAGUAUUUCGGCCGAUACGCACAAGUAUGGUUAUGCGCCCAAGGGAACUUCCGUUAUUUUGUACUCCCAUCCGAAAUAUCGCCAGCAACAAUUCUUUGUUGCUACUGAAUGGCCUGGUGGUAUUUACGCAUCACCAACUUUAGCCGGUUCUCGACCAGGAGGCUUAAUUGCUGCCUGCUGGGCAUCUAUGAUGUACUAUGGUCGAAGCGGUUAUGUAGAAGCUACUAAAAAGAUUGUGGAAACUCAUCGCUUUAUUGAAAGAGGUUUGCGCCAAAUUAAAGGCAUCCGCGUCAUGGGACAUCCCGAAGCAUGCUGUGUUGCCGUGGACUCAAUCGACUUCAACAUUUACCGUGUAUCAGAUGCCAUGACCAAAAAGGGCUGGAGUCUUUCACCUCUCCAAUUUCCUUCUAGCAUUCAUUUGACAGUGACUUACCUUCACACUCGUGAUGGAGUCGCCCAGCGCUUCGUUGAAGAUAUGCGCGCUACAGUAGAGGAGAUCAUGAAGACCCCAAAAGCCGAAGCUGAGGGCGCGGCUGUUAUCUAUGGAAUGGCACAAAGUAUUCCUGACCGUUCAAUGGUGACGGAAAUUGCAAGCGUUUUCUUGGAUUCCAUAUACAACCUGAAAAGUGACGUCGUGUCCAACGGCCACGCCAAGUAGGAGACGCUUGUAUUUUGAAUUGCAAAUUUUUCUAUUUGCAAACACAUUAUCUAGUUACUGCUUCCCUUUUUCUAAUUUUCUUAAUUCCAGUAUUCUUUUUAAAAAGCCUUCCUUUUGAGACAGCCUAGGGUACUGAUUUAUAGUCAGCAUUAGUCACUUUACCCAUGACUUAUUUACAAUAUUUUUGUAAGUCCCUAAAAGUUAAUUGCAAUGAACAACUGCAGUGCUUGCAUAUAAAAAAUAUUCUAAUCAGAUUUUGGAUUGCGAUUGGUUAAACAGUAUAUUAAAUGCAGUUCCAAGUUAUUCCCAUUUACUAUUCCAAUGGCAUUGAAUCAAAUACAGGUGGUGCAUCAACAAUUA